GAAUCGUCUACAACAAUUUUCCAAGGGGACAUUCCUUGCGCAGUUCCUGUUGCUGUUCAAUCAAGGUUCUGGAUCCAUAUUGCGGUUCACAGCAUCAGACAUCAUAAUUGGAGAGACAUGAGUUACGAAAUACGGUGUUUCUAGUUAGUUCUGAUGGCAGACUAUGGAGGAGGUCGUCCCUACCGUGGACGUGGGAGAGGCCGUGGCGGUGGGGGACAGGGAGGUGGUGGUCGAGGACGUGGCCGGGGAGGAAAUGGUGGGCAGCGAGGCAGGGGCAGAGGUGGCUAUGGCGGAGAGGGCAGAGGUGAUCAAGAGCAAGGAAAUGGACAGGAAGGCCGUGGUGGUCAAAGGGCAGAGGAUGUUAACAGACCGAGAGGCCCUCCAAGAAUUGGCUACACCAAAUUAAAGCUACUGUUAGAGGAGGGCCCAGAUGAUAUUUUGAUGUCACUCAAUAGAAACAUGAAUGGAAUGAAAGAAAUUCUUGUGUUUCCCAUGAAAAAAGAUUGGGUUAAUCUUGUCUUGGCUGUUCUAAGCAGAGGUUGUCAGUGCACUAUGGUUGUGGAGACUCUAGUACAUGUCCUUACUAUGGUACAUGACACUGAUUUCAUAGACCGUAUUAUCCCAACACGUUUCCUAGAAAUGACCAAGGAAAGGUCAGUGCAUGAACAGGAACAAUUUGCAAAACCAAUUAAAGAUGUAUUGGAGUUGUGUUCCCAAUUGCUGCAGAGGAUUCCGAACCAUGCCUAUGAUAAAGUCUUUCUUUGUCUAUCGACAAUUGAGCAAUCAAUCAGAAUGCUGCGUGCUAAGACCAGUAUCAUUGAUCAGGAUAUCGAAGGCAAGGUGGAGGAAGUAAAGGCACUCUUAGAAGAGAGUUCUAAUAGAGUUGAACCUCCAGUUCCAGAACAGAAGCGAAGAGGAUAUCCUGACAGAAGGGAUGAAGAGCAGCCCCCGAAUGACUUCCGCACCAUACCUAUAGCCCCAACGCGUGGGGAUCUGUUCAUCAGAUCAAGAGAUGAUGCGGCACUAUGGCUCCGUCGAAACAAGGCUCGUGGACAAUAUCUCAAUGUUGAUCAUUAUCUGGAUGUGCAGUUCCGCCUGCUGCGAGAAGAUUUUGUGCGCCCUCUACGAGAUGGUCUGAAAGAGUAUCGCCAACACUACAUCGAUAUGGAAGACAGGAAAGCCAGACUUCAAAACGUUCGUGUCUACACAAACAUUCACAUUAUCCGGCCAGUUUGUACAAACAAUGGCCUGACGUACAGGAUUCGUUUGGACACCAAACUGCUGAAGAAUGUCAAGUGGAAAUUUUCAAAACGACUGAUCUUUGGAUCACUCGUGUGCCUUUCGCGGGAUAACUUUCAAACCUUGCUUUUUGCUACAGUUACCGAUAGGAAACCAGAAGAUCUUGAGAAGGUCGGUGAACUAGAAAUCAAGUUUGAGGACUUCAAUGAGGAUGUUGCUGCGGCCGUCCGCAACAUGGAGUUAUCGUACACAAUGUUGGAGACAUCAGCCUACUUUGAAGCAUACAGGCAUAUCCUAAAAGGUCUUCAAGACACCAAUGAUGAUAAUAUGCCAUUCAAAAGGUAUAUUGUGGAUUGUGAAAGGGUGAUCCGUCCACCAGAAUAUCUGGGACCCCGUUCCAUUUAUGAUCUUCGACCUAUCAUCCAAGGAACGACUAAAGAGAGAAGGCUAAGAAAUGCUGAAGCUGAUGACACUGAUGAUGAUGAUGAUGAUGAUGAUGAUGAGCCAGAAACGCGAUAUGUUUUCACAGCAGCUGCCCAGUUUGCAAGGCGCAUCCCAAUCCUGCAUGAUGCAUCCUGGCCCGGCGCAGAACAGCUUGGGGUUGAUGAAUCACAACUGAAAGCUCUAAAGACAUGCCUGACAAAGGAAUUUUCCAUCAUCCAGGGCCCCCCAGGUACAGGAAAGACUUUUAUAGGACUGAAGGUGAUAGAAGUGUUGCUGCACAACCAUAAGGUCUGGACUGAGGACCCCAUAACCCAUGUGGAAGAUAGACGACCAGUAUUAGUCGUUUGCUACACCAAUCAUGCCCUUGACCAGUUUCUGGAAGAAGUGACCAAGUUCUACGACAAGAAUCUGCUGCGUGUUGGAGGUAGAAGUAACAGCGAAGUCCUCAAGAAGUACACAAUGCGCAGUGUACGUAGCAAAGUAAAAGAGAAGAAAGAAGUUCCCCGUCUAGUCCAUGAUGGUCUUCGAGCAGCCUUUGAUGAUAUGAAAAAGCUUCAAGCUACAUUGGAGACAACUGUCCAGAAGUCGGAGGUUGUAGAAAAAGGAAUCAUACACGAAGAACACCUCAGGAAACACAUCAAUGACCAACAUUGGAGAUCCCUGCUUGAGCUAACUGAUGUAGUGGAUGGUAGAGUGUGCUUGAUGGCAGAAUGGUUAGGCUUCGGAAAGUCAGCAUUAAGUGAUUUUGUUGAGCCUGAAAAUCCCGAGGCAGUGGAUGAGGAGGUGCUUGAUGAUGACAUGGAGGAUGAAGAACUUGAGGUUGAGGGUGAUCUUGAUUUCAUUGAAGACCAAAGAAAGAUGGAUGAUGAACUGGAUCCUUUCUAUUAUACUGACCCGAAUGCCAUAGUUGCUGGAAUUGGUUUGCUUGGUUUGGAAGAAUCAGACAUGGACACAGAAAUAGCAGAGGCAGGUGGGUGGCAAAGGGCAGCCAAACCAAAGAAGCGUAAGGAGCAGCUGAAGAGGCAGCUAAAAUCAUGUGAUGCAAUGAAAGAGGAAGAUGCAGCGAAUGUUCACCGCAUCUGGCAGUUGGGUUACCAGGACAGAUGGCGUCUGUAUAGACACUGGAUCGGCAAGUACCUCCAAGAAAUCAAUGCAAACAUUGAGAGACAACAAGAGCUGUACUCACAAGCUACUGCAAGAAUGCGGGAAGCCAGAGAUCAGGAGGACUUGGCUAUCAUGCGCACAGCCACAGUCAUUGGAAUGACCACAACUGGUGCAGCUAAGUAUCGUACAGUGAUGCAAGAAAUACAGCCAAGGAUUGUAAUAGUCGAAGAAGCUGCCGAGGUAUUGGAGUCACACAUCAUUACCACGCUUAGCAGAGGAUGUCAACAUGUCAUUCUAAUUGGUGACCACAAGCAGCUCCGUCCAUCUCCAGCAGUCUAUGAACUAGCGAUGCAUUACAACUUGGACAUUUCUCUGUUUGAGCGAAUGGUGAAGAAUGAAUUGCACCUUGAAUGCCUCCAGUACCAACACCGCAUGCGACCGGAGAUAUCAAACCUGAUCAAGCUCAUCUACCCAGACUUACGUGACCAUCAGAAUGUCCUAAAGUACGAAGACAUAAAGGGGGUGUCAACAAACAUGUUUUUCAUUAACCACCAUAUGAAGGAAAAGGAAGACCUAGAUUCCCGGAGUCACUCCAACAAGCAUGAAGCCGAGUACAUUGCCCGACUUUGCAAGCAUCUACUACUUCAAGGAUAUGCUCCUUCUCAGAUCACUGUCCUGACGCCAUAUACAGGGCAGUUAUUUGCCUUGAAAGAUAAAAGCGUCAUGGAUAAGAAAACAUUCGAAGGUGUCAAGAUCACCGUGGUUGACAACUACCAAGGAGAAGAGAACGACAUCAUCCUCCUGUCUUUGGUCAGAAGCAACAAUGAAGGAAGGUUAGGAUUCCUUAAGAUUCAGAAUCGAAUCUGUGUGGCACUCUCUAGAGCCAAGAAGGCUAUGUAUGUCAUUGGUAACUUUGACAUGAUGAUGAAGAAUUCUGAAGAUUGGAGCAAAACAAUUCAACUCCUCGUAGAGAACAAAAUGUAUGGUCCUCAACUUGUACUACAGUGUCCAAAUCAUCCAGACGUAACCAUCCCAACGAAAGUUGCUGAGGAUUUCAACAAGGCACCAGAGGGAGGAUGCUCAAAGCCAUGUGAUCAUCGGCUGUCAUGUGGACACCAGUGUCCGUCUGCUUGCCAUGUGAAGAACGCUGACCACAAACUGACCAAAUGCUACAAGCCAUGUGAAAAGAGAUGCCCAGAAGGUCACAAGUGCAGAAAGAUAUGCCAUGAGAAAUGUGGUUCUUGCAAAGAGAGGUGUAGGAAGCGUUUACCAAGAUGUAACCAUGAUCAAGUAGUUUAUUGUCACGAAGAUCCAGCUCUCGUCAUUUGUAAAUCUCCAUGUAAACACACUCUUCUGUGUGGGCACCGAUGUGGAAACUCAUGUGGUGAAGCGCACACUGCCAAAUGCCAGUCUCAAGUUCAGAAGACUUGGCCCUGUGGCUGCAAAAGUCCUGUUCAAUGCCAUGUUGAUGUGACUACGACGCCAUGUCCAAAGAAGUGUGAAACACUACUGAGUUGUCUCCAUCCCUGUCCUGGGACAUGUGGAGAUUGUCUUCAGGGGCGAAUCCAUGCAGCUUGUCGGCAAACAUGUGGGAGAACACUAGUGUGUGGCCACAAUUGCAAGUUCCCUUGUACCAAGGAGUGUCCGCCAUGUGAAGAGAAGUGUCUGAACCGCUGCAUCCAUAGCAAGUGCACAAAAAGAUGUGGAGAACCAUGUAUUCCAUGCAAUGAGCAUUGCCAGUGGAGCUGUCCGCAUUACCAAUGCAACAAGGUUUGUCAUGAGCUCUGUGAUCGCCCAAGAUGUGACCAACCCUGCCUCAGGCGUCUUCGUUGCAGGCAUUUCUGUAUUGGUUUGUGUGGUGAGCCAUGCCCUAAACUCUGCAGGGAGUGCAAUAAAGAUGAGGUCACUGAGGUACUUUUUGGAGAUGAAGAUGAACCUGAUGCCAGGUUCAUCCAGCUCGAGGACUGUGGCCAUGUCAUUGAAGUAGGAGGAAUGGAUCAGUGGAUGGAUGCAAGAGAAGAGGCAGUUGGACCAGAGGGAAUCAGCAUCCAGAUGAAAAAGUGCCCUCGGUGCAGCAUUCCCAUACGUAAACAUCUUCGUUAUGGCAGCAUUGUGAAGCAAACCCUAAAGGAUAUUGAGGCUGUGAAGGUGCAUAUACUGGGAGAACGGCAUCUGGUGAAAGACAGGCAUAUCCAUCUCAACGGCCUGUUACACCAAAUUCACCUUGGUCCCUACAACGCCAGGUCUCGCAUAAAAGGUGAAUUGGAUCGACCGAAUGUCACCAUGGCAACUCUUGACCUUAUCGAAAACACCCUUGAAUUCCUUAGGCACCUUGAGAAGGUACGCAAAGAUGUUGCUGCACAUCUCCGUGGCAAGCCCCGUGGAGAGAAACUUGUUGACGACUGCAACCUGAUUGAGGAGCGCCUGUUGAAACUUUGCCAACGCAUCAGUGAACAGCAAGUGAAUGAUUUUCAAAUGGAAGUCACUAGGCUGUCUAAGGCAACCAAACUCACACUAUAUCUCCAGAAGAUUAUUGAUGGAGGAUUCCAAAACUGCAUGCCAGCACAAGUGUUUGGUAAUCUGCAAAUGAUGCUCGAUUCCAUUACAAAUGGAACAAAAUUUACAGAUGAAGCAGAGACUGCAGUGGACAAGGUUGUCAUCGAAGUCGAGAAGCACAUCCCGAAAAGUGGGCUUGGCAUUUCAGAAGAUGAACGUGUGAUGAUUGUCAAGGCCAUGGGCAUGUCUCAAGGACAUUGGUACAAGUGCCCAAAUGGGCAUCCUUACGCCAUUGGGGACUGUGGAGGAGCCAUGGUAGAAACCAAGUGCCCCGAGUGCAAGGCUACGAUUGGUGGGAGGAAUCACGCUCUGACUGCUGGGAAUCGUCAUGCUGGUGAGAUGGAUGGUUCCAGACAUGCUGCUUGGUCUGAAGGAGCCAAUCUUGGGAACUAUGGAAACAUAUUUUAAACUUCAGGACAUUCUUGAUUUUGGAUGGCCCCGAGUGCAAGGCUACGAUUGGUGGGAGGAAUCACGCUCUGACUGCUGGGAAUCGUCAUGCUGGUGAGAUGGAUGGUUCCAGACAUGCUGCUUGGUCUGAAGGAGCCAAUCUUGAGAACUAUGGAAACAUAUUUUAAACUUCAGGACAUUCUUGAUUUUGGAUGGCCAUUCAUUUAGGACAAUAAUGAGUUCAACCUAUGUGUGAAUAGGGGUGUGGAUGUACAUAGAGCUACAUGUGUAUGGCCCAUUACGGGUUUAUAAGAAAUUGUGCAGAUAUGGUUAUGGCUGUACAUUAGAUACCAGUGUUGCAUGCUGAGUUCCCGGUCCUGGUGAUCGGCCACUCUAUUAUAGUGUCUCCUCCCACAACUUUCUGGGAAGUGCAAAGAAAGUGCAGGUACUCUUAUUGAAAUCAACCUACCGGUAAAAGAUGCAAUGUUGAGAACUAUGGAAAUAUCUUUGAACUUGAUACUAGGCAUGAUGCUUUGUUUGAAGGUUCCAGUUUUGAGAGGACUAUGGAGAAUCUUUUUGAAUUUUAGGAUGUUACUAAGCUCAUGUCCAGGAGAUAUACUUUAAAUAUGAGGACAUUCUUGAUGUUCCGGUUGGCCAUUAUGGCAUUAAUUUAGGACAAUGUGUCAGGUUAGUUUCAAACUGUGUGUGGAUGCAGAUAGAGUAACAUGUAAAUGUCUCAUGGGUUUAUGGGAAAGUUUGCAGUUGUGGUUAUGGCUGAAGGUGCCACUGUUGAGAUCUAUCAAAUAUAUGGUAGUUCUCAGGAUUGAAUAUGAAACAUGAAAUAUAUUUCAAACUUAGAACAUUCUAUGCACAUGUGAGUAUACUUCGCAUUUUUGCAUGACGUCUAGAGUACAACAACAUGUACAUGUAUAAUUCUCAUGAUAGUCUUGAUAGUACAUGUAUAUAUAUUGAAAUACAUGUGGAGUUGAUUUCCUAAAAGCAUUUUCAAGUCUAGUCUUGGAGCCUGGAAAUGUUUAUAAUGCAAUUUUUACCAUUUUAGGUAUAAUGAUGAGGAAAUUUCAAAUGAUUUGGUUAUUUUGGAAGUCGAAUGUUCAGUUGAUAUACUGUUGCAUGCUAUGUAAUGUUAAUAACUAUAUAUGAGUGCAUUAAUAAAAUUAAAAAUCAAA